AUGAUUUCAUGUGUACAUCCUACUAAGUUAUUAGUUUAUCAUAGAAACUGUAUAUUAACUAAUCAAAAUAGAGGUAAAAAAUACUAUCGUAAAUGGUUCUUACCAUUUCAUUUGGAUGAUUAUCAAACAAUGACAAGAGGACAAUUGAAUGCAUAUGAAAAAUGGAAUCAAGAAUGGAUUAAUUCAAAUCUUCCUAAUGAAUUUCAAUAUUUUGAUAAUUCACGUUUACCAAUACAUUUAAAAGCAAGAAUGUAUCCAUCAAAAGAAUUUUUUAAUAUAAAGAAUAGAAAAGAGAAAACUGAAGAUUAUCGUCGACGUUUAUUUGGAGAAUAUGGAUUUAUAAGUGGUAUAAAUCCAGCCAAUAUGUUUAUAAAUGAAAAUGAAAUUGAUUUUGAGAAAGAAAAAGAAAAAUUACUUGAAACUUCAAUUAUUGAAAUAGUUAACAAAAAGAAAGAUGAUGAGAAAAAGGCUAGAGAAGAAAAUGAAGCAUUAAUGAUAAAAAUAAAACAGAAUUUAAAGAAAAUGCCAGAAUUACUUGAAAAACAUUAUACUCAAGUAGCUAAACAAUCAUUAGUAUCUGAAGAGAAGUUAGAUAAAAUGAAUCUACUAAUGGAAGAGGCAAGAGAUCGAUUCGGUUAUUAUCCACAUCGACAGGAUCCUAAAUUCUUGAAGUUGAUUGAAGAAUUCAAUGAACAAAAGAAGUUGGAACGUAAAAAAAAUAAAAAUAAACGUGUUUAGAUACUUUUUUUGUUGUUGUUGUUGAGUGAUUAUAAUUCUGCUUAAGUGCUAGCCUGUAUUGGAUGUUUUGGUUGAUGUUAAGACACUGAUAAGAUGUAGAGUUUUGUGGACAACUUGAGAAAUGGUUGAGUGCAUUGAACAUUUCCUUUACGUGAGAUGUUGGACCAGUCUUGCUGGCUUAGUAUCCGAUGGAAUCUGUACACGGAUACAAAAGGCUCGGUUGACUUUUGCCAACUUACGCUGUCGAUGGCACUUCCGCGAUAUCCGAGUGUUCUCUACCGCUGUCCGCUUUCUUCUACUGUAUGACUGUGAACCCUCCACCCCCCCUAAAGGUAGAAGACAUAAAAAGGCUUCAGGUGUUUGAUCACCGUAGCAUAGGCCACGUGUCACCAUGCGAGUAACGUAGAAUUCAGGAGUAGAGUUUUAGGCGGCGAAAGCGGUUGUGAUCCUUCGUCGACUGAGAUGUGUUACGUAUGCCUAACCACCGUCUGGCUCGCCGGACAGUGUUGGCCGAAGUAGGUUCAGGCUGAAAAAAGGCUCAGAGUGGUCAGACUAAAACAUGGCAUCAAUGCACGAAGUCCUUGAUUAUUGGUUUGUGCCAUCUGAGGCGAUACAGACUACUCGGUUAGGGUCUGUGGGGUAAGAAAAACCAGUGACAUGGCUGAGAACCGAUGUCAGUAUACACGCAUUGUUCUCAUCCUAACCGCUAUACUUAAUCUCAUCAUUUUCUCAUUCCUCCUUCUCUUUUACUACUUUCUAUUCCUUUUGACCGAUUUUUCUUUCCGUCUUCAUCUUCCAUUUAAUUGCCUUGUUACUUGAUGCGACAAAUUGUACUGUUACGCAGUAAUGCCUGAUCCUGUGUUUCUCUUAAUGAUGAUUCAAACAUAUAACCUUGUGUUCAUUACUUGUUAGAUGGAGUAGCCAUCAACUUAACUUUUAGCUAUAGUAUGUUAAGCUUACUCACUUGUUAGAUGGUUUCACUCAAACUUCUGAUGCAUUUUUAAGCCCAAGCUGCUUUAGUUAUGGUUGUCAUUGAGACUUUGCACGUUCGCCAGGUAGGUAUGUUCGGAUUAAAAUCCUUAUCAAGGUUCUCAUAGUAUUUGUUGCACAGAUAAGAUAUAAUCCCUUUGGUAGUCAUUGCUGUAAUUAGUCAUUCUGAACUACAAAGAAAAGCGAAAUCCAUCUCCGAGACAGACGGGGAAUCCUAGAUGAUCCUGAAGCUCUCAUUCACCACUGUCUCACAGAUAAAGAAUUAUUGAUGGUAGGAAUACUGGUAAUAAAAUGACAAGAGGAUUAUGUACAUAACGAAGUUGAAACCCGAGAUCGGUUGUUGCUAAUUCAAGACAUCAAAAGCGUACUCAACCUGGAACUGGUUUAUGUACAUGCUACAGACUCUUGUGCAAUAUUUCAAUUAUGAACAGUUCCGGUUUACGCCUGAGAAAUCUGCUAUGCUUGAAGUUGUCGGUGUCAGAUAACUGUAUUUAGUUAUCAGGACGUCUGUAGCAGAAAUGUCUUGCAUCAGUUACAUAAUCGUAAGUUCCUGUUGCUUUUUUGCAUAGUGGAAAUUGUCAUCCAAUAAGUUGCAAACAGUGGCUUGAACACAUCUCAUGCAUGCUAUUUCAUUGGCUUCCGUACAGAUCAUUAUUCGCCGGCGGCAAUCUCCAGUCGCAAUGCACUUAGCAACCUUGUGCAUCAGGUAAUGAGCCAGGCCUAUUGUGUGAGGGCUAAUGAUACUACCUGGGUAUCCAAACCUCGGUACGGGGAGCGGUGUUCCGACCUGCUCAAAUCAGUGGGCCACCCCUUCCCCCUACCAGAUGAAAUUUGGUAGGGGGUAGUGUGAACAUUUCAUAGUGCAAAGUCGUAUGUUGUUCGUUCUCUUCAGGUUAGCAUUUUCAGUAGUAUUGCAUAACGCGGUCGAAUACGCUUGAUGCAUUAUGAACGGUCAAAAACGCAUUCGAAUGCGAUCUAGUUUCCUCACACCUACUUUUGGAAAGAAAUAUCCAAAUAGCAAAAGUUCUUGUGUUACUAUUCACAAUACUAUAAUGACUAAAGUGGCACACAUUUGAUGCCCAUGUUUUACUGAGUAUAUUGAUUUAUGAGUCCUGCUAAACAAUCUUCAGGGAAUACUCAGGUUUUGGAUGUGCUCCCCCCUUGUAUAAACAUCGCUACGGCUUUCAACGUUAUGAUUGUUUUUGGCUCGUUAAGUCACUAGACUUCACAUCGAACUGUCUUCCUUCAGUCAUUUGUAUUCAGACACGACGAGCUACAUUAAGACUGCAAUGUUUAUUGCAUAUCAUUUGUUCUGUACGCCUAUGAAAUCGUACAUCAAUAUCGUAUACACUUGAGUGGCGUGGUUACACUGUAGUGCAGUAAACUAAUAAUAUGCCUCCUUCAAGUAUUCAAUUAAAACGAGUGCCUUCCGGAAAGUGAUAAUAAACUACGUAGGCAGCUAUCAAGGUAGAAACGUUAUCAAAAAUCAUACGUCGACUCCCCAGGAUCCUUUCCACUGUUGUCAGUGUGUAAGAAACACAUGUCUUUCUCUAUGAAUAUUCUUUCAUGAUAAAGUAAGUGGGCGUUUCUAACGUGUACGUGUAUGCCAAUAAAGCGAUAAAACCAGUUUGUCUCAGGAAAUAAUAGGUAACUGUAACUUGUACGUAGGCUUGGUCGGUCGAAACCUACCAAACAAAUUGCUUCAUAAGGCUAUCAACUUCCUUAAAUCCGACGCCAUAUAGCAGAAUUUGAAGAACAAUAGAGACGAGUAUUAUGCUAGGUGUAUGCAUAUUCAAUUUGACGGGUUCAAGUUGCUACGUAAACACGAUUUGAUAGGUCGAAAUCCCUUCAACAGUCUUCAGCACAUCUUUUCAGUAGGCAGUGAGUCAAACUUAUUGUUUGAAGUCUGCCGAAGGCUCGGUAUAUGGGGCAGGAUUCGAACCCGUGACGCUCCGGUUGGGAAUCAAGUACCUAAGCCAACCAGCCACAGCUCAAGGAAAAGUAGUAGAUCCAUGGAAUGGGCUGAGAGAGGAAAACCAAAAUCCAUGACAUAUAUUAACCUUU